ACAACUUAUUGUGCGCCAAAAAUAUUCCAACUCAUAUUUUUUCCUGUCCACUAGAUGGAUUUAAGAUGAUUCCGCGAGUCAGAGGCUCUUCUCCUCAUUCCUCGCCCGUCCGUGCACUGGAUCAAUCAUCAUCGCCGUUCACCGGUCUAUGUCUUCGUCUGGUCCAUUGAGGCCAUGUUUCGACAUUUGCGAUUCCUCCUCUCGUUAGUAACAUUCGCCGUCAUCUGCAAGGUCGCGCAGGCCUCGAGCGAGGAAGUCUCAGUCGGACGACCCGCGUCUUCGAGCUAGACUUUACACGUCUGCUAUUCCUACCACCCUCAUACAUUCGCUUCUCCGGUCUCAGGCGCGAUCAUGGACGAACCGCCGGAUGUCGAGACCCUCGUCGCAGGCCUGGUCGCCGACUCCGACUCCGCGCGCAAGUACGCCGUCUUCAAGCUCAAAGGACUCCUCGGCGACCCGUCCUUUGCGGACGCCUUUAUCCGCGCAGAUGGCCUACCGGCGCUGAGAGAAGCGGUGCUGGAGACGACGGGGAACAUGCAGGCGUAUGCGCUGGGAAGCCUGGAUGCUUUGUUGGAACUGGAUACGGGAUGGGAGUGCUGUGAUGACAUGGUUCUGGAGAAGGUCGUCUCCCUCUCGAUCCACCAACCUCUUGUCAACAUCGUCCGGAACGCCCUCACUCUCCUCGUCUUGGUCGUCUCCCGUCCAGUGACCUCAAACCAACAGGACGACGACUCUCCAGUCUACGGUUUCCGCGCCAUCAAACCAGCUGUUGACCAGCACCCAGAGUUCCUCGAAUCCCUCGUUCAACGUUUGAGCGCUUCCGACCACACUCUCUGCGCCAAUGCCUUGCAGCUGAUUAAUGCCCUCAUGCGUGACGCAGUCUUCAAUGGAGGAGAGCACGAGUGGCCGAAGUUUGUCAAGAGACUUCAAGAUUUGGGAGUCAUUGGAGGUGUGGGAAUACUCAUGCGCGGAGAUGCGGCACACUACGUCGACAGUCCGUUGGCAUCAGCCAUAUUGGAGUUUCAGAGCUUGACACAGGUGUUGCUGAGGAAGUGGAGGGAUGUCGCGGUGAAAUUGGAUCUGGCGGAACAUAAACGAGCAUUGAAGACGAUACAUUUGUUGAGUAAACCAGAGCCAUACAUCCCAGCGACAGGCGUAAAUGGAGGCAAGGUCAAGAGACAUCAUCCCGAGAAAUGGAGGAGGCUAGGAUUCGAGACCGAGUCUCCCGCAUGGGAGUUUGAAGAGACGGGAUACUUGGGAAUGAUGGAUUUGGUUGAAUACGCACGGAGGAACGAAGAGGCCUAUGUCAAGACCUUGACAGAGCAGGCUGCACAGCCUAGAGAGCAGCGGUGUCCUGUUGCACGCGCGAGCUUGAGCGUAACGUUGAUCUUAUACGAGCACUUUGAGAUUGACGAUGCGACAGCCAUGGGAUUUAACAUCGACGAGCGAGUGGAUCAGAGCGUGGAGAGGCUUUAUAAGCCACUCCUCCUUCAGUGGGGUCGUCUACACACCGCAGGACUUCACGCAUUCUUCCGCAUCUGGAAAGACUCCGGCGCGCAGGAGGAAGACUUCUUCAAGAUUGAGGAGGUCGUGCGGAUCACCAUUGAGCACAUCGUGGGCUUCGCGCCUCGCAAAGCGGAUAUCUCCAAAGUUGAGGAGGAGCUGCGGGUCGUCAGUCUCGAGACCGCACGAAAAUGGCAGAUGGAUAGUCUUGCAGAAGUCUACCAGGACGCAUGGGGUCCGCACCUGGUCCAAGUCCGCGAACAGCUGCACCACGAAAGUCUGCAGUUCAUGAAGGAGCAGCGCAUCCGAUGCAUGCUCCAAGGGUCAUGGUUUCCUGUUCCUGCUUCGGACGAGGCGUCCUGGCGAUACGUCCGCCUGAGCCACAAUCGACGCUGGCUGCAUUACCAGAACUAUACCUCCAAAGGCGACGACGAACCUCCACUCGCCGACCUCACCACGAAAAUCGACCUCAACACCGUCACCUCCGUCGACAGCAACGUCUCCGCCUCCGAACCACCUAUCAUCAAUGUUCCCAACCGAGAAAGCUCCUCCACGCUCAAGAACGGCGCGGGACUCGAGGUGUCCGCCACCACGAAAACCACCAACACCAAGAUCACCAUUCUCGGCAACACCGCAACUGGUCCUCGCGCCCGCUCAACCACCCUUUCCAGCAACAGCGCCAACGAAGAAGAAAUCCUCCUCGAGCUCUUCCCGUCGACAGCCAGUCUUGCGAGCGAAUGGCUCGAUGGGUUACUCAUGCUGCUCAACCAGCAGCCAAUCACGAAGGAUACGGCGCGGCUGGUGGAGAUGAUGGAAGACUGGGGUGCGAGGUUGAGGAUGUUGAAUUUGAGGUGGGAGGAUGUCGAUUGGGAGGCGCUGGAGGCGAGUGAAAGGGGUGGAGAUGAGUGGUCUGCGAGGCCGGUGCCGGGACGCGAGGGAGUAUCAGAUGAGUAUUGGUACGCAUUGCCGGAUGAUGAGGUUUGAUGUGCUUGGAUGAAGGAUGAAGGUUGAGGUUUGGAUAAGAGGAGGAAUUUAGGUCGUGGAUAUAGCGUGGGAGAUGGGUGUGUCUGUUGACUUUUGCGUAGCUUGGUGCGAAGAGAUGCAGGAGAUGAGUGGUACACUUGGAUGUGCAUUCGAUGCCUAAUCACGAGCCAGAAGUAUCUUCCGCUGUGCGGGGUCUCACGCGUACAGUGCUGAGUGCUGCGCCAUGUUGGCGAUGGUGAGGAUUCCAAGAUGGUCGCCAACACAUAACUCGACCCUAUGCUCAAAGUUGUAGAUAUUUGGGUCGAAGUAGCUGCAUUUGAGCGGGCUGGCUGUCCUCUCGGAGGUCG